ACUCAACGUCCAACGACGACGACGAGCACGACAGUCGCACAGCUGUUCGCCUGGACUGAAUAACAGAAGACGAUGUAUCGAUACAUCGAUAGUACAUAUCCCUAAUUGAGUUGAAUUUGGUCUACGUGUGAACAGCUGUUUUUUGGUGUAAAUAGUCUGGCCGUGAGUGCGAAUGAAAAAGAAAGCAGCUGGCAUGUCUCUAAACGAGGGCUAUCACAACAGAAUAGAGCCCGGCGCCGCGUCCGCUGGCGACGAUCAGGCCUCGGGCUCCGGCAGCACGCGUGGCAGCAAUGGAAAUGCCGCUGCCGCAGCACACAGCGCCCAGUUGCAUCAGCAGAUGCUCAGUGAGAACACAUAUCUGAAGCCCUCGAAACAGGCCUAUUUUAGUGAUGAGAAGGUGCUCAUACCAGACGACGAUCGGACCAAUAUCGGUUUCAGUUUUCGCAAGUUGUGGGCCUUCACGGGCCCCGGUUUUCUCAUGUCCAUUGCGUAUCUAGAUCCGGGCAAUAUUGAAUCCGAUCUGCAAUCGGGCGCCGCAGCUAAAUAUAAAAUACUCUGGGUACUGUUAUGGGCCACAAUAUUGGGCCUGCUAAUGCAACGCUUGGCUGCAAGGCUGGGCGUUGUCACUGGCCUGCAUCUGGCGGAGAUGUGCUAUAGACAGUACAAGCGUUUGCCACGUUGGAUACUCUGGAUCAUGAUAGAGAUUGCCAUCAUUGGCUCGGACAUGCAGGAGGUCAUAGGCACAGCCAUUGCCAUAUAUCUGCUAUCCAAUAAAGUUGUGCCUUUAUGGGGCGGCGUCCUCAUCACGAUUGUUGAUACAUUUACGUUCCUAUUUCUGGAUAAGUAUGGUUUGCGAAAGCUGGAGUUCCUAUUUGGUUUCCUCAUCACGGUCAUGGCUAUCACAUUUGGCUAUGAGUAUAUUGUCUCCGCGCCCAAUCAAGCUGAAGUGAUGGAAGGCAUGUUUGUGCCUUGGUGCACCGAUUGCAAUUCGGAUGUGCUGCUCCAGGCAGUGGGCGUGGUGGGUGCCGUUAUCAUGCCACACAAUCUCUAUUUGCACUCUGCUUUGGUCAAGUCACGCGACGUGGAUCGUCGCCAGCCAAAGAAAGUGAGCGAAGCGAAUUUCUAUUUCUUUAUUGAGGCCUCCGUUGCGUUGUUUGUCUCCUUUAUCAUCAAUCUCUUUGUUGUGGCGGUCUUCGCGCAUGGCAUGUAUGGCAAGACCAAUCGGGAUGUGCUGGAUGUGUGUGCCAACAAGUCCAUGUACGAGGAUGCCAAGCUGUCGUUUACGGACAAUCACAAUCUGACGGACAUUAUCAAUGCGGACCUGUACAAGGGCGGACUGUUUCUGGGCUGCACAUUUGGUGCCGCGGCCAUGUACAUUUGGGGUGUCGGCAUUUUGGCUGCCGGCCAGAGCUCCACCAUGACGGGCACCUAUGCGGGCCAGUUCUCCAUGGAGGGUUUCCUCAAUCUGCAAUGGCCGCGCUGGUGUCGUGUGCUGGUCACGCGCUGCAUUGCCAUUAUACCCACCUUCUGCCUGGCCAUGUUCAGUAAAAUGGAGGAUCUAACCAAUAUGAAUGAUAUACUUAAUGCGGUCAUGUCGCUGCAGCUGCCAUUUGCAGCUAUACCCACAAUAGCGUUUACAUCGUGUGCGGCCAUCAUGGGUGAAUUUGUGAAUGGAAUCGGUAACAAAAUCGUUUCCAUUUUGCUAACCAUUGUGGUAAUUGGCGUUAAUUUGUAUUUUGUGGUGGCGCAAGUGGAAACGCUGCAAAUUGAAGGCGGCAUGCUGGCGCUCGUCUGCAUAUUUGCUGUAUUAUAUAUUCUAUUUGUUAUAUAUCUUGUGAUACAUAUGGCCGCCUGCAUGGGCAACAAGCGUCUGAUGAACAGUCGGUGGGUGCAACGUUUUGUGUUACCAAGCCAGAAUAGUUUUUCGAUUAAGAAUGCCAACUCAACGUAUGCCAGAAUUGCCACCAAUGCCGACACCGACGCAGAUAUCAUGGAUGGUGAGGAUGCGUAGCCAUUACUGUUCUGCACUGAUUCCGAUGGCAGUGAGGAGGUUUGUUUUAGCAGCAACAACAACGAGCUGAGUUGCCACAGUAGCAAUGUGGACAAUGCCAAUGGCCAUGUGGUCAUCAGCUAGCAUUCGGUUCCAGUCUGUUCUAACAAACCGUUUCGCAAAGAGCACAGAGUUGUCACCCCAUCCGAAAGCCAUGUCCCAGCACUUAGUUCAUCGCGUCACAAAUCUGGCUCUGGUUUUGUUUGGCAAAUUGUCGCUCUCUCUCUUCAGGCCGAAUACUUGGGAAUUAGUGUAAUAAAUGGUCAUAGCAUAUUUAUUUUAACAUGAUAAACGAAGUAUACCAAAAA